AUGAAUACGCCUUACCCUGUCUCUUCAUCUGCUUCUUUUCGUUCUGUAGCGAAUAAAAAGAAUAAAAAGCAACCACUGGUGGUAAAAAGAGCCCAACCUACGUUUUCAAAGUUUACUCUUCGUAGCGCUUCUAGAAGAAACACACCCGAUUCCAUUAAUAAUUAUGCAACUUCGAAAAAGGUUAAAAUAAGUCACCAGAGGUUUGUUACAACUAGAUCGUCCCAUUAUAUCAAUAUUGAUAAUGAUAAAAGAGAACGGAUAAUUAAGGAAAAGAGCGUGAAACGCAAACCUAGGGCAAGUCCUAGCAUUACAGCUGAAGAGGAUUCGUGUUUAAACACAAACGGGAUCGAUAUCAUAACACGAAUACCACCAGACUUCGACAGUAUAGAUACGUUUAUUGGUCCGUCAUCAUUCGCAGUUGCUCAACAAACCGGUUAUUCUGGUUUCCGAAAUAAACCAAGUCAACCGAAAGCAGAAUGUCAAGACGCAUAUUGCAUAAAAGACCUAAAACACCAUGAUGGAUCUCAUGUUGCUAGGUUGUUUUGUUUGGCAGAUGGGCAUGGUGGUUCAGGCUGUUCCCAAUUUUUGAUAGAAAAUGUACCUGACCGUGUCGAAAAGUUACUACAAGAAUUACUACAAGAUGAUCAUACGAUAAACUUUGACGAUGAAGAUACGCAGGAUCUUUUUAAAAAAUGGAUAAAAGAUCUCAUAAAGAAGUUGGAUGAUGAAUACAUCGAUGAUAAAAGAGAAAAAUUUAGACGCUGGAAACAUCUGAGAGAUCAAGGUAACGACUCGGCCAAGCCCGAUGAUGAUGGCGCGACCCUUAUAAUUAAUCUAUUCGUCGGUAAUUGGUUUGUCAACGUCAAUGUUGGUGAUUCGCGCACCAUUCUAGCUUAUCGUAAUAAUAAUAGUAAGAGAAAUAAGUGGACUGUAGAUUUCGCUAGCGAAGAUCAUAAGCCUUUUCUAGAACGACUUGCUCUCCAGAUUUUCCAAAGUGGUGGUAUGUUUGUGGAAAGUAAGAACGGUAAGACCGAUAAGAAUAUUGAAUUUGAUCCUUUCAUAAAUCGACCUAUUCGAAAAAACAUGAAGAAAGCGCGUAUUAGAUUAUCAGAUCAAGAUGAGGAUGAAAAUGAAGAUGGUAUUCCUUUUAAAAAUGGUUCAGGAAAAUAUAUCUCGCUUAAUGUAGCUGCAACUUGUGGUGAUUUGUUUUUCAAAUUGGAUCCUCUCAAACGGAUAAUCGAUUGUGUUCCGGACGUUUUUUUCAAGAAAUUGGAUGAUUGUAGUGGUGAUCGAUUUCUUUUAAUGUGCAGUGAUGGUCUUAUAGACCAUUUACGAGAAUCAGAAUCUAAAGCUGAUAGACAAAAUCAAGUCAUUGCCAAUUUUAUUGGUCAAAAAUUAGUUUCUGAAGACCCUGUUAACGUUGUUAAACAUCUUUGUGAUAGAGAGGGGGAUAGGAAAUUUUUUAAUGAUUUACAAGAUUAUGAUGAUUGCACAUGCAUUCUAAUUUCUCUGUAG